AUGCGGCCCUCCCGGGAGACAAAUGGGGGCCCUCCGAAGGCGAAAGAGCCCCACGUCAGCGGCUCGCUUUUCCGGCUCUCCGUGGCGGCGGGGGAGGACACCUGCGCGCUGGAACCCUCGCAGCUGCACGGCCUCUCGUCCUGCGGCUUCAACGCCACUAAUCCCCUCAUCAUCAUCCGCCACGGGUGGUCGGUAAGGUCACUCGGCCUGGCUCGGCCUCGCUCGCUGGAGCACUACGAAUAUUCAUUCCGGAAGUUUCAUUUGAUCGGCUACAGUCUCGGAGCUCACAUCUCUGGAUUUGCCGGAAGCUAUUUUAAAGGGCCAGAACGAAUCGGAAGAGUUACUAGUCUCGACCCCGCCGGCCCGUUGUUUGAAGGCGUGUCGCCCAUGGACAGACUGUCCCCCGACGACGGCGUUCACACGUUCACCCACGAGCGUCUGGGCCUGAGUGUGGGCAUCAAGCAACCUGUGGCUCAUUAUGAGUUUUACCCCAACGGGGGCGACUUCCAACCUGGAUGCGACCUACGUAACAUCUACGAGCACAUCUCCGAGUGCGGACUUGUUGGCUUCGGGCAAACGGUGAAAUGUGCCCACGAGCGCUCCAUGCAUCUCUUCAUUGACUCAGUGCUCCUCAACAAAGACCAGCCGAUCAGGGCAUAAAGGUGCAGCAACAACCGGGCUUUCGACAAAGGCGCCUGUCUGGACUGUCGAAGGAACCGCUGCAACACACUAGGCUACAACAUCGAGAAGGUCUGCACGGUACAACACAACAAGAGGCUCGAGCUGAAAACACGCUCCGGGAUGCCACGCAAGCGUAUGUACACCUCAACACCCCUCUUUUGCUGUUUCCAGUAAUCCCUCGUUUAUCGCGGGGGUUGCAGGUAGGUUUUGAACCACCACCGCAAUAGGUGAAAUCCACGAAGUAUCGACUACAUAUUUUGUUUUGAUCAUUUAUACAUGUUUUUAUGAACCUGCGCGAACCUCCCCAGACUCUCAAUUAAUCUUCCCCACACUCCUUGACCCCCAAGGUGCUGUAUUCCUACACCUUCCUGAUCACCCUGAACAGACAU